CCUGGAGGCACCUACCAUCCGCUCCCCAGGUCCUGCGACCAGAAGCAGCCAUGCUCAGCACUCAGGGGCCCUUCUUCCCCAUGGCCCACUUCAUCCUCUUUGUCUUCACCGCUUCCACCAUAUUUCACCUUCAGCAGCGGCUGAAGAUUCAUCCCAUGACUGUAUUACAGCAGCUAGAACCAGAGGUAACACGGCCUGACACCACCUCGAACCACCUGCCCAGGAGUAUGUGGACCAUCAAUGCGAUAGGCCGCCUGGGGAACCAGAUGGGUCAGUACGCCACGCUGUACGCCCUGGCCAAGAUGAACGGGCGGCCGGCCUUCAUCCCGGCCGAGAUGCACAGGACGCUAGCCCCCAUCUUCAGAAUCACCCUCCCGGUCCUGCAGGGCCCCAUGAACAGCAGGAUCCCGUGGCGGAACUACAACCUGAACGACUGGAUGGAGGAGCGGUACCGCCACAUCCCCGGGGAGUACGUGCGCCUCACCGGCUACCCCUGCUCCUGGACCUUCUACCACCACCUGCGCGCGGAGAUCCUCCGCGAGUUCACCCUGCACGACCACGUGCGGGCGGAGGCCCAGCAUUUUCUGAGGGGUCUCCAGGUGAACGGGAGCCAGCCAGGCACGUUCGUGGGGGUCCACGUGCGCCGGGGGGACUACGUCCACGUCAUGCCUAAUGUGUGGAAGGGCGUCGUGGCCCAUCGCGGAUACCUGGAGCAGGCCCUGGACUGGUUCCGGGCUCGCUACAGCUCCCCCAUCUUCGUGGUCACCAGCAAUGGCAUGGCCUGGUGCCGGCAGAACAUCAAUGACUCCCGCGGCGAUGUGGUGUUUGCCGGCGAUGGGGUGGAGGGCUCCCCCGCCAAGGACUUUGCGUUGCUCACGCAGUGUAACCACACCGUCAUGACCAUUGGGACAUUCGGGAUCUGGGCCUCCUACCUCGCAGGAGGAGAGACCAUCUACCUCGCCAAUUACACCCUCCCAGACUCUCCCUUCCUCAAAAUCUUUAAGCCAGAGGCAGCCUUCCUGCCCGAGUGGAUUGGGAUUGCCGCCGACCUGUCCCCACUACUCAAGCACUGA